UUCAUGUGAAGCGAGGCAUCGGCUACAGCACAUUCACUUUGCAGGCCAUAGAAUUCAAGGUGCAGUUAGCUCUGCUCUUCUGGACCUAGAACUUAGUGAGUGGUGUCAUUUUGAAGAAAACUGCUGAAGUUUUUAUAGCGAGGGGAUUUUAUAAGUAAAAAUCUUCAAGAAGAUUUUUUGUGUGAUUUAGAAAAAUCAACUUAGAUGUUUGGAAUUUGGAUUGCUGCACUCUUAUUCUUUGGCACAUCAACAGGAAAAGAGAUCUGCUAUGAAAGGCUGGGAUGCUUUAGAGAUGGCUUACCAUGGACCGGGACUCUGUCCAGGCAGUUCGCUGGUUUGCCCUGGUCCCCGGAAGAGAUAAACACUCGCUUCCUGCUCUACACCAGGCGCAACCGCAUAGCCUACCAGGAGAUCAGUGCGGUUAACCAUCGAACUAUCCACGCCUCACACUUCAGAACAGACAGGAUGACCCGCAUCAACAUACCUGGAUGGAAGUCAGACGGAAAGUGGCAGCAGGCCAUGUGCGAUGUGUUGCUAAAGGCAGAAGAUGUGAACUGCAUUAACGUAGACUGGAUUAACGGAUCGCUGGAAUACAUCCACGCCGUCAACAAUCUUCGCGUUGCCGGAGCUGAGGUGGCUUAUUUCAUUGAUGUUCUCAUGAAACAAUUUGGAUACCCCCCUUCUAAAGUGCACUUGAUCGGCCACAGCCUGGGAGCUCACCUGGCCGGGGAGGCUGGGGCGCGGACGCCAGGCCUCGGGAGAAUAACUGGGCUGGACCCCGCCGGGCCGUGUUUCCACGACACCCCCAACGAGGUCAGGCUGGACCCCUCGGACGCCGGCUUUGUCGAUGUCAUUCACACCAAUGCAGCUCGCUUCCUCUUCGAGUUUGGGGCUGGCACAAUCAACGCUUGUGGGCACCUAGACUUUUACCCGAAUGGAGGGAAACAUAUGCCAGGAUGUGAAGACUUAAUUACACCUCUGUUAAAAUUUGAUUUCAAUGCUUACAAGGAAGAAAUGGCUUCCUUCUUUGAUUGCAACCAUGCCCGAAGUCAUCGCUUUUAUGCAGAAAGCAUUCUCAAUCCCCACGCGUUUAUUGCUUAUCCUUGUAGGUCCUACGAGUCUUUUAAAGCGAUGUGCAACAUUGGACAAAUUGUUGAACUUCUGUGCAGACUUCAGUUUCCUCACCUGUAUAAAACGGAGACUGGAAGCAUCACAGUAAUAAGGGACUUGGGAAAUUGCUUCCAUUGUCCCAAAGAAGGUUGCCCAACGAUGGGUCAUUUUGCUGACAAAUUUCACCUCAAAAAUAAGAAGCCUAAUAGGCCGUAUUAUUUCUUAAACACCGGGGCUCUUUCCCCAUUUGCCCGUUGGAGGCACAAAUUGUCUGUCACACUCGAUGGAAACAAUGUCACUGAGGGGAGCAUCUUUCUCCGUGUCGGUGGGACGACUGGGAAGACGGAGGAGUUUGGGGUGGCCAGUGGAACACUUAAGCCCGGCAUGACCUAUACAAAAUUAAUUGAUGCAGAAGUUAAUGUUGGCAACAUCACAAGUAUUGAGUUCAUCUGGAAGGAACAUUCAUUUAGGCGUUCCUGGAAUAAGUUGGGAGCAGGCAUGGUGGUAGAUAUAUCUGGGAAGUAUGGACGUGAAUCUACCUUCUGUAGCCAGGACAUGAAGGGACCUAAUAUUGCCCAAAUCCUGAAGCCAUGCUAAUCCGAGAUACAGUCUUGAUGGAUUUAUUUAAUGGGAGCGUGAAAUAUAAUCUCCUUUUGGUUGGUAACCAGACUCAACGUGGCCUUUGUAAAUGAGAUAGAAAAGUACAGUUGUUUUUUUUCUGUAUAGAAUGUUUUUCUCAUUGGUGAACUUUCACAUGUGCCUUAAAAAUAGACUGAAUUCUAGGACAGAGUAUAGGACUGACGCCUAUAGGAAUCAGGAAAUCAGUGACAAAACAGAGCUGGGCUGGAACUUCCCCGGGUGAGAGGAGGUGACAUGACAGUUUGGUGAGGUAUAUUUUGAGUAUUUCCAGGAAGAAUAAUCAUUGUUCUAAAAUGAUUUAAAGAAUAUUUAUUAUGUUCAACCUUGCUAAGACAAGUUAUGGCUAGAGUUCAUGAUAUAUAGAUUAUAACCCUGUGGGUUGGUAUGUCUACCUAUUAAUAAUGAAAACUAAUGGGAGUACAUUAGUAUUUCCAAGGUUUUCCUUGGCCUUCAGGGCAAGUGUGAGAUAAGAGAGAUUUGGGAGCUUAACUAUGGUGUGUGCCUCAGUUAGCAAUGGGCCCUGAGCAUCAGCAGCCCCUUCUAGAACUGACCCGCUCACACAGAAGGUCUCAACUCCCUGGGCCUUGAAGGCCUAGAUACAUACUAUUUAGCCUGAAGGCAGCAUUUCAUUUGUAAAGCACUUGACUAACCCUUUGUGUCUGCAAUAACAAUUUAAAUAUUUAAAUGUCAGUUGUUGUUUUUUUCUCUUAUUUUGCUUCAAUUUCUUCUGAUUCACUUGUCCUU